AUGACCAGAAAACACACUUUCGGGAUCGAUAAGUCUUGGGCUGCCCAAAUUUCUGCCCAGCUUCCAGAUUGUACCCUCGACCCCCCAGCUCUAGCUCCAGCUCCAGCUUCAGUUCCAGCCCCAGCUCUGGCUUUGCCUUCUCGAGCUCCCCCAGUUCCAACAGAUGCUCCCAUCAAGCCGGAGGACUACUCAAAGCCUUACUGCGAGUUCAUGACCGCCAACCCUACCAUCUUCCACGCCGUCGAUUCAUUCUCUAAACAGCUGGAACAGCAUGACUACAAGAAGCUUUCCGAGCGUAAGGAGUGGACAUCCGAGUUGAAGCAGGGUGGCAAAUUCUAUGUCACACGCAACGGAAGCUCGCUGAUUUCCUUCAAUAUUGGCAAAGAUUAUGAAAGUGGCAACGGCGUGGCUAUUGUCGCAGGGCACGUAGAUGCACUCACCGCUAAAUUGAAGCCGGUCUCUAAGCUUCCCACCAAAGCAGGCUUCCAGCAACUGGCUGUCGCACCAUAUGCUGGCGCACUGGGUAUGACUUGGUGGGACCGAGAUCUCGGCAUUGGAGGCCGUGUCCUUGUCCGUGACCCGAACACCGGAAAGGUUGAGUCCAAGCUGGUGAAGCUGGACUGGCCCAUUGCCCGCGUUCCCACCCUGGCCCCCCACUUCGGACUCCCUACAUAUGGCCCUUUUAACCAGGAGACUCAGAUGGUACCAAUCAUUGGUGUUGACAAUUCGGAUAUUUUUGAGAAGUCAGUGGGGUCUAGCGACAUCCCGGUUGGAACCUUUGCUGCAACUCAGCCGGAGAAAUUGGUCAAGAUCAUCUCCAAGGAGAUUGGUGUCACAGAUUACAGCACCAUUCUUGAGUGGGAACUAGAACUUUUUGACACUCAGGCUGCUCAACUUGGAGGAUUGGAGAAGGAUUUGAUUUUCGCUGGCCGUAUAGACGAUAAGCUUUGCUGCUAUGCGGCCCAAGAGGCCCUGAUCGCUUCCUCUGAUAGCACAUCAACGGGAAUUGUGAAGAUGGUUGGCAUGUUCGAUGAUGAGGAGAUCGGCAGUCUGCUGCGACAAGGAGCCCGAUCAAACUUCAUGAGCAGCAUCCUUGAGCGGAUUACCGAGGCAUUUGCAAAGGAAACCUAUGGUCCCAACCUCCUUUCUCGGACCAUAGCAAACAGCUACCUGGUCUCCUCUGAUGUUAUUCACUCCGUCAACCCUAACUUCCUCAAUGUCUACUUGGAGAACCACGCCCCACGUCUCAACGUUGGCGUGACUAUCUCGGCUGAUUCCAAUGGCCACAUGACUACUGACAGCGUUAGCUCCAGUAUUCUGAAGGCCAUUGCCUCUCGUUGUGGAUCCACACUCCAGGUUUUCCAAAUUCGCAAUGACUCACGAAGCGGUGGUACCAUUGGACCUAUGACCAGUGCCCGUAUCGGUAUGCGCGCUAUUGAUUGCGGUAUUCCGCAACUCAGCAUGCACAGCAUCCGUGCAACAACUGGAAGUCUUGAUCCCGGACUGGGUGUUAAGCUAUACAAGGGAUUUUUUGACUACUUUGAGGAAGUUGACAAGGAGUUCACCGAUUUCUAG